CCUUCUUGCAGCGCACUUACAUUCGGGUCCUGCCAGGGAACGAGGAGGGAGGGGAUAUUUUAAUGGCCGUCAAUAGCACUACAAUAUGCAAAAAGUCCGGAUUAUCCACUCUAUUUAGACUAUACUAGAUACGAGUGCGUUUGGGCCGCUUUUCUUUUCUGUCGAGCAUUGUUAUUGGAUUCACAUUAGGGUUGAAGAUGUGUUUCUAGAGUUGUUUAAACGGACUUUACCCGCUUGAUUUGAGAGCGAGUGGAGAUCAGGCCUAGCCGGCUGGCUAGGAAACAAGCGGGCGUUAAGCUAGCCGUUGGAGUUGAAAGGGAAUAUGUAACAUAAAGCAACCAACAUGACAUCCAGAUUCGGUAAAACAUACAACCGCAAGGGAGGGGAGGCUAACUCUAAAUUUGACGAGGUCUUCUCCAAUAAAAAGCCCACACUGACCACCAAAUGGGGGGAGACCACCUACAAGGCUCAGUUGGGGGCCAAAAGGCCUACUUUAAAACCGGAAGUUUCUGAGCUUUCCAAAAGGCCCAGGCUUGAGGACAGCAACAGUGACGAAGACCCAUUUGGGUUUGACAGUGAUGAUGAGUCGAAGGCUGUAACUACUCACAGCGUAUCCCAGGUGGGAGUCAAUGAAGAAGCAGUGACAAAGACCACUGCAGUGCAGAGCGGUGGGACUGUCACUUCUGCACAGGGCUCUGCAAACUCAAAAGCCAAGUUCACAACCAAGCAAACAUCUGAAGAGAGCACUGUUAAAAAUAACCAGCACAGGUACAAAAGUACACCCAAUAGCAACCAAAAACCUGCAUCUUUGUCCAACACAGUCCCCUCUGAUAAACAGAACUUCUCAGCGCCACAGAGGCCAAUCUCCUCCACUCCUAACAUAGUCACCUCCGUUAAACUGUCCAUUGAUGCACCAGGUGGGAGCAGAGACUUCCAGACCUCUUCCUCUUACAAUGAAUUUCGAUUGGAAGAUAAGAAAAGUGAUCAGUUGGAGCCUCCACCACAACCAGUGGACAGCCUUCCUCCUUCUCCAUUCACCCUAAGGGCCUCAAACUGCAAGAAAUACCUGCGACCCAACCAGUCUAAGAAAACAUCCUUUGAAUUGGCUGAAAACAAUGGCAACAAGCCCACUGAAACAGCGAGUGCCCAUGAUAAACCGAACAGUGCCCUUUCUGCUAGCGCAAGUAGUACAGCUGCCAAUGCUAAACCAGCAGCCAAGCCCACAGGAAGAGGAGGCGGGCGGGUACGAGACUACACGGUUCUGCACCCUUCCUGUCUGUCAGUGUGCAACGUCACCAUCCAGGAUUCAAUUGAGCGGAGCAUUGAUGAACUAGUCACCCCAGCUGCCCCUGCUGACCUUGGAGAAUCAAGCCAGAUGAAGAAGAAGUCAGAUGCUGCCGCAUCCAAAUCUACUAGGUUCAGACCCACCCAGACAAAGACCAAGAAAACCAAGACUGAGACCAAGCUAGAGUUUUUUGGCUUUGAGGACCAGGGGGGCGGGGAGGGUCCAGAAGGUGACAUGGCAGGCAAGAGUAGCUACAAGAUCAAGUACUUUGGCUUCGACGACCUGAGUGAAAGUGACAGCGAUGAGGAGAACUCUCAGGCCAAAGAGAAGAAGGCCAAGAAGGCGGCUGCAGCCUUAGCUGCUCUGAGCUCCGGAGUGGACAGCCCUCACACCAGUGACUCUCAGGACAGUCAGGCCAGCAGCAAUACAGAUGGAUUUGACUUUGCUGAUGACUCCAGUCCUGGCGGCGCUGAGGGGCAGAAAGGACGCUCAGGAAAGUCAAGUGACAAAUCCAAGGACACUGCUAGUGGCCUCAAAAAGAUCUUUAGCGGCCCCAAAAAGUCUCCUGCUAAAGCUGUGUACAACGCUCGCCACUGGAACCAACCUGAGCCUGAAGAGAUGCCUGUGCCUCCACUUUCUCGAUCUCAAACUGCUCCGCCAAUUUUAUCAAGCAGCAGCAAGGACAGCAACUCUCAUAAAGAUGAUGGCUUGUUCAAAGCCCCUCCUCCGCCGCCCAAAGUCAUUAAGUCAGAGACCAUCCCCACGCGACUCAACCAGGAUAUUGUCACUGCGCUCAAAUGCAGGAAGGAGCACAAGGAGCUGUACACGGUGGUGCAGCAUGUGAAACACUUCAAUGACGUCGUGGAGUUUGGAGAGAAUCAAGAGUUCACAGAUGAUUUUGAAUACCUGGAGACGGGGCUGAAGAGCAGUCAGCCACUCAACACAAGAUGCCUUAGUGUAAUCAGCCUGGCAACACGGUGUGCCAUGCCUGGUUUCAGGAUGCACCUGCGGGCCAGAGGGAAAGUGGCGCAGGUCUUCAAAAUGAUCAGUGAUGCUCCACAACACCCGAACCUUGCUCUGUGCACCGCUGCGCUGAUGUACAUCCUGAGUCGGGACCGUCUUAACAUGGAUCUGGACAGGGCCUGUCUGGAGCUUAUGAUCAAGCUGCUGGAGCUGGACCAGGACUGCCCAGCUGACCAGGAACAGCUCACCCCAAAAGAGGUGGAAAAGGUCAAGGAGAAGAUCAGGAAGCUGUGUGAGACGGUGCACAACAAGCACCUCGACUUGGAGAAUAUCACGACGGGCCACCUUGCCAUGGAGACAUUGCUCUCUCUCACCUCCAAGAGAGCAGGAGAUUGGUUCAAAGAAGAGCUGCGACUCCUCGGCGGUUUGGACCAUAUUGUAGACAAAGUCAAAGAGUGUGUGGAGAACCUGAGCCAAGAGGAUGACAAGGAGAACCUCGUGGCGUCUUUAUGGGGGGCGGAGAGGUGUCUGAGAGUACUUGAGAGUGUGACAGUGCAGAACCCAGAAAACCAGGGUUACUUGAUUGCCUACAAAGACUCACAGCUCAUCGUGUCCUCUGCCAGAGCGUUGCGCUACUGUGAGGAUAUGAUUCAGCGAUACAGCAGGGCGUUAAACAACAGCUCUCUGUCAUUGUCGGGGGCAGCGCUGCCCCACUGCAGCUUUAGUAACGUGGGCAAGGCUGUGGAGGACUGCAUGAGGGCCAUCAUAGGAGUGCUGCUCAACCUUACCCACGACAAUGAGUGGGGGAGCACUAAGACGGGUGAGCAGGAACAGCUAACCGUAACCGCUCUGAAUUGCGUCCUCCGAGUUCCACGCUACAUCCCCCAGGAGCAGCGCUUUGACGUGCGAGUACUGGGUAUGGGUCUACUAAUCAACCUUGUGGAGUAUAGCUCCAGAAACCGCCACUGUCUGGUGGACAUGGAGUACAUAGUCGACGACACCUGUCUGGAAGACAGGCUGAUGCAGCCUGCUGACCCAACACCAUCGGACGCGGCGGCGGCGCCGGCACCGCCAAGCACAGCUGAGACUCAGGGAGAAGAGGCUGUCAAGCCCAGGGCCUCCGGUGCUUUGGCUGCUCUGGUGCAGUUCUUCCUGGAGAGGGAGCGCGCUGCCAUCUUGGCUGAGGCUAAAACUGACGACAUCAUCACCGAAGCACCCAAACCGGCACUGGACCAAAGCGGAGAGUGGCAGGAGACGUCGGGAGAGAUCCAGUGGGUGGCAGCCGAACCCACCGACGGCCAAACUGAGAACAAAGAUAAUGAGAAGAAAGAGGAGGAGGAUGAAGAGCUGGAUCUAAAUAAAGCUCUGCAGCAUGCAGGCAAGCAUAUGGAGGACAGCAUUGUUGCCUCUUACACCGCUCUGCUGCUGGGCUGCCUGUGCCAGGGAAGCCAGAUCAAUGUGACUACUGUGAGAGAGAACCUACCUAAAGGGGAUUUCUCCAUCAUGACAGAAAUGCUGAAGAAGUUCCUGAGUUUCAUGAACCUCACUUGUGCGAUGGGCACCACGGGACAGAAGUCCAUCACGCGGGUCAUCGACUACCUGGAGCACUGUUAACAGACAGCCAGACGGGGAACUCACGCUCUGCACAUUAACGGGAUCCCAGGCCGUCCUGGUGCUCCCAUUUUUACCCGACAGGAGCCACACAGGGUCAUCGGAGACUCGGCCGCAUUCCUUUGACGUCACCAGAUCGCCCGCUGCUGUGAUCACUCUGAAUUGUUUCCGAUAAAGGCGUGUGAACGCACAAAUGUAAACGUUUCACUCCCUCUCUGGAGCACAGACUGAACCAAAGCCCUGCUAUCUGACAGACAUGCAGUUCCACUCCAUUAACGCCACAUUCAUCCUCAGGUUACUGGGAAUCAGCCUAAAGUUUCAAAAUGCUCUGGAAUGUCAGGCAUGAAGAUGGACUGAAAGCGGACCUCUUCUAAGAAUAGUUUGACACUAACAGGCCACUGAAGUGGAGCCUGGUCACUGAGCUGGAGUUUGAACCUCUCAAUCAAAUUUUAUGGAUCAUUACAUUUGAAUCUCCACUCAUCCACAUCAAAGCCACGGGUGAAAUCAUUGAUUAGCAUGGAAACCAAUACUUUUCAUGGACGUUAGAAUGACGUCUCUGUAACCUUGUGUGGAAUGAUUUUUGAAUGCAUACAUCCAUUUUAAGUAAAUGUUUGCAGUUGGCUUGAAUGUUUAAGGGAAUUGUUUUUAUCUUCUCAUUGUGCCCGUUCAUUUUGUAAACAAUUUUGUUAGCAAGUCGUUCUUAUGUUUUUAGAUUUUCGUUUUUUCCCCCCGUUUUGUUUUUUAUUUUAAUGCAUUUUUUUUCCUUCACCCAAAUUAGGAAUAACUUUAAAAGGAAUCAGGACUGCGUGGUAUGCUGAAUUUGAUACGGUGUCCUUAAGGCCGCCUGGAAAUGACAUGCUAUUUUUAAUUUCAGAUUUCCUUCCACCAAUUAUCGUUUUCCUCACAUUUUUCUUUAGCUUAUUUAAAUUCCAAUGAAUUCAGGAGUAUGUAAGUACAGUAUGCAUUGAAACUCACAGGUAUAACAGAUGUGAAAAAAAUAUAUAUAUUGUUGUGCUUCCUUUUGAUUUCAUAAUGAAGUUAAUUUUUUAGAAUUUAAUUUAAUGUUUUCUCCUUUUGUAAAUGCAGAGUCUUUGCCUAGUCAGAUGCUAUUUGUGUCUAAAGUUUCACCUUAUGUUUUGUUGAGAUAUAUCCCAUGUGUCACAGCUCAACACACUUAGCUGAUUUAUGGUUUCGUUUUUAAAAGCGCAGCAUUUUAUCAAAACUUUCUGCAUUUAAUAGAAAAGGAGGUCAUUUUUAUUCUCAUGUUAACCGAUGUGGAGGAUUUCCUGACGGCUUCUAGUUUCUGUAUUUUCCGCCACUUUUUUUUUUUUGUGUGUGUUUUUACUCAUUCGAUUAUGACGCGUCUGCAUUGGACAACGUUCAUAAGUGCCCGUUUAUUUAUUCGUGUCAUUUUACCUGUAAUGAUGCACAUGAACCUUCAAAAUGAACGCCUCUGUCUUGUGCUGCUCACCUAUGUACGAUCACUGAUUUGAAUGACAGCCAUACCUGUGGAAGCAGACUAGUUCUAUCUGGGUUGGAGGGCUGAGUGAACACGGUUGCAACCGUGUCUACUGUUGAUUACUUUGCAAAGUUCUGGUCUGAAUGAAAUUUUAGACUGUAAAUACUCCUGUACAUAGCGGUUAAUGGAAAUUUUAAAAAAAAAAAAAAAAAAAAAAUCAAAUGCUUAGACUACUUUUUUCCCUGAAAGCUGAUAUUUUUUAUUUUCUAUUGUAUUGCUGAGUUGUCAUUUGGAAAAACAAGAUCGCAGGAAGAGAGAGAAAAAAAAAGUUUGUACCCGUUUCAAGGACAUUGUCUUUGGUUGUAAAUAGUUGUAUCUCCAAAAAGAAAAGAAAAAGUUGCUACUUUCAGUA